GAUUAGCCUACCUGACAAAAACGCAGCCUUAAAGACGCAUUGAAUAGAAUAUCAAAAACACAUUUUGUGGAGUGGUCUGGUAUGCACCGAAUGCCCUCAAAAUGGCAGAGGCAAAUAGGCUUAUCUCAGUGGAUGAGAAUCAUUUCCAAUGUUCAAUUUGUUUGGAGCUACUGAAGGAACCAGUAACUAUUCCAUGUGGACACAGUUACUGUAUGGAGUGUAUUACUAUGGGAUGGGACCGAGAAGCUGGAAAUGAUGUCGGUUGCCCUCAGUGCAGACAGACGUUCAACCCGAGACCUGUUUUAGUUCGAAAUCUCAUUCUGGCUAGCAUGGUUGCGGAGCUCCAGCGUCAAGAUGCUCAGUUGGAUGGCGGGUUUGCUGAACCUGGUGACGUAGAGUGUACGGUUUGCAUAGGAAGGAAACGCAAAGCUGACCGAACGUGUCUGGAUUGCCUUGAUACUUACUGUUCAAGUCACUUUUGCCGCCACGAGGAACUCUUUCUUGGAAAGAAGCACAAGAUGGUUGAGGCCGUAGCUAAGGUCCAGACGAGAGUGUGUACACAACAUAACAAACCUCUGGAAGUAUUUUGCCGGACUGAUGCGACGUGUGUGUGUGUUGCAUGCAUCAUAAAUGAGCACAAAGGCCAUGAUGUAGUUUCACCUGCGGAUGCUCAGGAACGCAGACAGAGGGCGAUGGAAUCAAUAUUACAGAGUGCAAUCUCCAGGAGGGAAGCUGAACUAAACAAGCUGACAGAAAAUGUUGAGCCUCUAAAGUCCUCUGCACAGGCUGCAGUGGAGCACAGUGCCAAUGUCUUCUCAGAGCUGCAUUCCUUCAUUGAGGAGAAGCAUGAAGAGGUGGUGAAGAUGAUCAGAGAUAAGGAGGAGGCGGAGCAGAGUCGGGCAGAGCAGCUGCAGAAGGAGAUCAAAGUGCUGAAGAAGAGAGCAGAUGAUAUGGCACAGCUGGCAAGCAAAGAGGAUCACGUACAUUUCCUACAGGUAACGUCAGCUGCUCAGAGUCUCUCAUCCUUUUCCCCAAAAGAUUUACCAGCUGUCACUGUCAGUGACCGCUUCUCAUUUGAUGGUGUGAAAACAUCUGUCUCUCAGCUAAAGGACGCGGUGAAUCAGACGUGCGUAGCUCAGUUUGGGCUGGUGUGGAGAAGUGUGAAGUUUGCAAUGUUUGAAGAAAUGACUAGAAAUCAGUUGCUGAAACAUUUCCGCCAUCCAAAAUUUGAUCAGAGCACUGCAUACAGACAACUGUUCUUGUCUGAGGGUUGCACCAAAGUUGAGUGGGGUUACCAGACAACCAACAACUGUAAUGGAUUCACAGAUUGCCAACAGGUGUUGUGUUCAGAGCUUUUGUCCAAUUGUGCAUAUUGGGAGGUUCAGUGGAACUUUCCAAAUCCCAGUGAUGGCAUUUCUAUUGCAGUUGCUAGUCAUGACAUAGAACGGAAAGGUGAAAACUGCCGAUUUGGGCUUAAUAACAAAUCCUGGUGCUUGGACUGCAAAACAUCUGGUCUGACUUAUUCACACAAUAAUUUUAAGACUGAAAUUCCAGGCCCAGUCCCCACCAGAAUAGGGGUUUAUCUGGAUCGCAAGGCAGGAAUUUUGUCUUUCUACAGGAUCAUUCAGCGUGAUGCUGAUCUGAUAGCAGAUCUUAUUUACAGGGUUCAGCCCAAAUUUUCCAAGUCUUUACGCCCAGGAUUUUACCUGUCAUUAAAUUGCUCUAUUAAACUCUUUUAAAGGGUUUGCUGGCGAAAGAAAAUGCCACCCUAGGAUUUACAGAGUACACUCCUAAUAAAAACGUUGCUGUAGCUGACAUUAUAGAUAUUUGUGCAGAUAUUUUCAUCAUUUUCACCUAUUAUGUGGUGUAUAGAUCAUAAAUACCGUGAUGUUUAGAAUUGUUCAAGAAUUCAACUCUCUUUCGUUUUUUUUGGCAUAGUGACCAAUGAUAUACAAAUGUAAACGUAAAGCCUUGACCUACAAAUGGGUCUAUGUUGAUGUUAAUACAUGGUAAUCAGUUCCAGUUUGAAGUAUAAUGUUUAAUUUUGAAGUACAGUAUGAUAUGUAGGCAGAAAAGGAGCCCUUUGUAUAAACAGAACUUUACAGAAAGAUCACCUGUUACAAGAUCACCUGUUACUAGAUCAAACCGAAAGUUAAGGGGCCUACCUGUGUACUGCCACAGGUCCAUAAACAGUUAAGUUGAAAGGACUUAGAUGAAAGGAUUUUGAUGUAUUUAUUUCACAUUCCAUUAUGGUAUUUGGUUUACCAUACUGUGGCAGUGGUUUUCCCCAUGUUAUUUUAGCUCGGUGUGUUUGACAUUACUAGAGGCCCUGUUUGAAACUUGGGUAUUAAUGUUUUGAUAUUGUUC